AUGCAUGUGCCUGCCGAUACGUUUGGCGGCGCGGCGCCCGAGCACAAGGCGGCACGCAUGCUGAGCACGCUGUUCACAGCAGUGGCACUGCGGGUGGUCCUGGCGCAGGUGGGGGGCGGCGGCGAGGGCGGCGACCUGCCUCCCGCCCCAGAGUUCCUAUACCUCCGCGACUUUCUAGCCGAGCGUCCGCUGACGCGCGACGGCGACGCCUGGCUGGCGGUACUGAUGGCGCAAGAGCGGGGCCAGAUGCUGGGCGUGCGGAUCAUGGAAGUGAGGGAAGCAUACUGCAGCGGCGACUUUGACUGGGCCCAGUGCCAGCAGCUGGCUGCGCAACACAUACAGGAGUCCAAUGUGGGGAUGCUGCGCCGGCACGCCGCGCGGGCGUUUGGCGGCUCGCUGGCUGGCGGGUCGGAGGAGCCUGGGCAGGAGCCGCGGCAGGGGUGA